AUGCAUAUCUAUCUAUCUAUCUAUCUAUAUAUCUAUCUCUUUCUCUCUCUCUCUCUCUCUCUCUCUCUCUCUAUCUAUCUAUCCAUCUAUCUAUCUAUCUAUCUCUCUAUAUAUGUGUUGACAACUCUUUCCUCAAUUGUUUAUGUUCGCAUCUAUUUCCGUUUCCUCGCCCCCCUUGUUUCGCUUCUUCUCCUUCAACUGAAUUCCGAAAAUUUGCUUUUCUUUCUAUUUAUCUUUUUUUUUUUCUUUCUUUCUUUUGCUUUUCUUUCUUUCUUUCUUUUUUUUCUUUCGUUCGUUCUUUUCUUUCUUUCUUUUAAAACAUUCUUUUUUUUGCUUCUUUCUAUUUUAUCUUAUCUUUCUUUCUUUCUUGCUUUCUUUCUUUCUUUCUUUCUUUCUUUCUUUCUUUCGUUCGUUCGUUCAUUCUUUCUUCCUUUACUCUUAAACAUUCUUUCUCUCUCUCUUUUAUAUAGUUUGCUUCUUUCUAUUUAUCUUUUCUUUCUUUCUUUCUUGCUUUCUUUCUUUCUUUCUUUCUUUAUUUCUUUCGUUCGUUCUUUUCCUUUCUUCAUUCUUUCUUUCCUCUUUAUAUCUUUUGCAUUUUAUCUUUCUUUCUUUCUUUCUUUUUCUUUUCUUUUUUCUUUCUUUCUUCAAAAAAACAUUGAAAUCGUAAUCUAUCUAUCUAUCUAUCUAUCUAUCUAUCUAUCUAUCUAUCUAUCUCAUCUGUUCCUAUCAAUAUCACCUGUAUAUUUUUUUCUUCUUCACUCCAUUUUUUCUUGUCUUUCUUUCUUUCUUUCUUUCUUUCUUUCUUUCUUUCUUUCUUUCUUUCUUCAUCAAUUUCUGUUUCUUCUUUUAUUUCUUCAUCACAUUCUUACUUUCUAUUCAUUUCUUUUUCACAUUCAUUCUGUUUCUUUCUUCAACUCAUUCUUUCUCUAUUUUCUUUUCCCCCAUCUUUCUCUCUUUCUCUCUUCCUUUAUUACAUUCUUUUCUUCUUUCUUUUUUAUCCCAUUCUCUUUUUCUUUCCUUCUUUUUUCCUUUAUUGCAAUAUUUCUUCAUUUAUUACGAUCCCUUAUUUUCUGCCUCUACUUCUUUCUUCUUUUACCCUUCCGGCUUACAAUGGCUGAUUCUGUUCAUUCCCGUCUCAACUCACAAACCUUUCUUUCUUUCUUUCUUUUUGCCACAAAAAUUAACUACCACCAGAUAACAUCGAUGUAA